GGUCGAGCUUCUGAAAACCUGCACCCCAUGUCAUCAAGCUGUAAUAUUCAAGCGUUGACAUUGCGAAGAUGGAGGCUGUAAGGGUCUGAGAACACAAACUACGCUUUUCCCAAGGCCUACAUUAUGACAUUCCGAGUUGGUCCAGGAGGGGGCAGGAGGUGCGAGUAGAAUCGCCACGCCGCCACCGCCGACAAUGUACUCUGAGUGGCGCUCGCUGCAAUUGGUGGUGCAGAGCGACCAGGGCCACCUCAGCGUGCUGCACUCCUAUCCCACCAAUGUUGGCACCGAGGUGGCCAACGCUGUGGUCAAGCCUCUGUGCACGGCUGUGAGCCCUGUGGCCACCGAGAACAUUCUCAAGACGGACAAGGAGGUGAAGUGGACCAUGGAGGUGCUAUGCUACGGCCUCACACUCCCUCUAGAGGGCGACACAGUCAAGCUGUGCGUGGAUGUUUACACGGACUGGAUGAUGGCCCUUGUAUCGCCCCGAGACUCCAUGCCUCAACCCGUGGUCAAAGAGCCCAAUAUGUAUGUGCAGACCAUCCUCAAACAUCUCUACAACGUCUUUGUACCAAGGCCCGAGCAGCACAGCUUGAAUCACAUCAGGCUUUGCCAGCAGGUGCUGACUGCCGUGCAGAAACUAGCCCGGGAAUCUAUUUUCAUGGUUCGGGAGACCUGGGAGGUGCUGCUGCUCUUCCUGCUUCGCAUCAACGACACCUUGCUCGCCCCGCCCACAGUCGGAGUGGGAGUGGCUGAGAAACUGGCGGAGAAAUUGAUGGCCGUGCUGUUCGAGGUGUGGCUGCUGGCAUGUGCUCGCUGCUUUCCCACGCCGCCGUACUGGAAAACGGCGAGGGAGAUGCUGGCCAACUGGAGACAUCACCCGCCUGUGGUGGAGCAAUGGAGCCGAGUGGCCUGCGCCCUCACCUCCAGACUUUUGCGCUUCACCCACGGACCCUCCUUCCCGGCUUUUAAAGUCCCAGAUGAGGACGCCAACCUAAUCCCGUUAGAGAUGGACAACGACUGCGUGGCACAGACGUGGUAUCGGUUUCUGCAUAUGCUCAGCAACCCAGUGGACCUGAGCAACCCCGCCAUAGUCAGCACCACUCCAAAGUUUCAGGAGCAGUUCCUUAACUCCAGCAGCAUACCUCACGAGGUGGUGCUGCAUCCAUGUCUCAAACAACUGCCGCAGAUUUUCUUUCGGGCCAUGCGGGGGGUCAGCUGCCUGGUGGACGCCUUUCUGGGUGUCUCAGUUGAAAAGAGAGAUGUACGUGAGAGGGUGUUCUCUUUUUGUCCAGCACGACUCUCCCAUGGCAUAUCCCGUCCUCGAGCCGACAGCGCCCCUCCUACACCGGUCAACAGAAUGAGCAUGUCUCCGCCCCCCUCUGUUGUCAACACCACCCCCCCUCACAGUCGCAAGCAGCGGCACACGGUGGUCACCAAAACCACAAGCAAGAGUUCAACUAGCAGUAGCAGUCAACCGACAAAAGUAUCGCAGCAGCAGCAACCUUCAUCCUCCCCGACUUUGUUGUCCAGUCCAAACCAGAGCAGUUGGGAGUCCAGGCCGCUGCCCGCCCCGACACGCCCCAAAGUCAACAGCAUCCUUAACCUAUUUGGCCAGUGGUUAUUUGAUGCCGCACUGGUCCACUGUAAGCUCCACAGCGGUCUCAGUCGAGACCCCAGCAUGACCGCCUCUUUUAUCCAAAUUCUCCUUUCUUAUAAAUCUUCGAUAGCCACACAAGUAGGCCUGGAGCUGAGAAGGAAAGGCUCACAAAUGUCCACUGACUCCAUGGUUUCCAACCCCAUGUUUGACGCCAAUGAGUUCCCGGAGAGCUAUGAGGCAGGCCGAGCCGAGGCCUGUGGGACUCUGUGCCGUAUCUUUUGUAGCAAGAAAACGGGUGAAGAAAUUCUACCAGUUUACCUCUCCAGGUUCUACAUGGUGUUGAUUCAAGGUCUCCAGAUCUCUGAUUUCAUCUGUAGACCCGUCUUGGCCUCCAUCAUUCUUAACUCUUCCUGUCUCUUCUGCACCGACCUGAAGGGCAUCAAUGUGGUUGUGCCAUACUUCGUAGCGGCCUUGGAGACUAUUGUACCAGAUAGGGAGCUGUCAAAAUUCAAGAUGUAUGUAAAUCCCACGGAUCUGAGGCGAGCCUCCAUUAACAUCCUGCUGGCCAUGCUGCCAUUGCCGCAUCACUUUGGCAACAUCAAAUCAGAGGUUCUGCUGGAGGGCAAGUUUAACGAGGAGGAUGGCUUGCCUCAUGACCAGCCCGUGUCUUUUUUGUCCCUGAGGCUACGUCUUGUCAAUGUUUUAAUCGGCGCCCUGCAGACGGAGACGGACCCUACCAACACGCAACUCAUCCUGGGUGCAAUGCUAAAUAUUGUUCAAGACUCUGCCCUGUUGGAGUCCAUAGGUGCGCAGACGGAAACGGGGAGCAUCGAUGGCACUCAUGCGCCCUCGAGAAGCCAGAGUCACAGCCGAACCAACAGCGGCAUCAGUUUCAGCAGUGGAGGCAGCACGGAAGCCACCAGUCCGGACUCUGAACGUCCUGCCCAGGCUCUACUUCGGGAUUACGCUCUUCCAGAUACAGCGGCAGGCCUGUUGGUCCGUAGCAUCCACCUCGUCACUCAGAGGCUCAACUCCCAGUGGAGACAAGACAUGAGCAUUUCACUUGCCGCCCUGGAGCUGCUGGCCGGCCUCGCCAAGGUCAAGGUGGGGGUUGACUCAGCGGACCGCAAGCGAGCUGUUAGCUCUAUAUGUGGCUACAUUGUGUACCAGUGUAGCCGUCCAGCACCUCUUCAGUCCAGAGACCUUCACUCCAUGAUUGUAGCUGCUUUCCAGUUUCUUUGCGUGUGGCUCACCGAACACCCUGACAUGCUGGAUGAAAAGGAUUGUUUGGUGGAGGUGUUGGAAAUCGUGGAGCUGGGAAUUUCCGGCAGCAAGUCCAGACAGGAACAGGAAAUCCGACACAAAGGAGAGAAGGAGCACAACCCGGCUUCCAUGAGGGUGAAAGAUGCUGCCGAGGCCACUUUGUCAUGUAUCAUGCAGGUCUUGGGAGCCUUCCCCUCCCCUAGUGGUCCCUCCUCUACUUGCAGCCUUCUCAACGAAGACACCUUGAUCCGCUAUGCCAGACUCAGCGCUACGGGAGCUAGCAACUUCCGCUACUUUGUUUUGGACAACUCUGUCAUUCUAGCCAUGCUGGAGCAACCUCUCGGCAAUGAGCAGAACCCCAGCCCAUCUGUGACCGUUCUCAUCAGAGGGACGGCCGGAAGACAUGCCUGGACCAUGCAGCUCUUCCACCAACCCAGGGGAGCUCGGGCCAAUCAGAGGCAGGUGUUUGUCCCGGAGGGGCGUCCGACACCAAACAACGGUGUGGGGAUCAAAUACAAUGUCAAGCAGAGGCCGUUCCCCGAGGAGGUGGACAAGAUUCCCCUUGUUAAAGCCGAUGUUAGCAUUCCUGACCUGGAUGACAUUGUUAGCAAAGAGGCGGGUUAUUUGGGCUGGCUGGAUGAUUUGAGAACUACAAAUACGCUGAGUUAUAUCCCACACCUGGAAGUUCAACACGACAGGCUGCGCAUUCUAAUGAGCAAGCAGAUAGAGUACGAAAACACGUUGGAGCGACAUAGCGACGACGUCUGGAAGUCCAAGCCUUUUCCCGACCCGCAGAUUGACUGCAAACCUCCUAUGCCGUCGCAGGAGUUCCAGACAGCGCGACUCUUCCUCUCACAUUUUGGCUUCCUCUCCCUGGAGGCGCUCAAGGAGCCCAACAACAGUCGUCUACCUCCUCACCUGAUCGGCUUGGAGUCGUCCUUGCCCGGGUUCUUUGAUGACAUCAACUACCUUGACCUGCUCCCCUGCAGACCGUUUGACACCGUCUUUGUUUUCUAUGUCAGGGCUGGACAGAAAACCAGCCACGAGAUCUUGAGGAAUGUAGAGUCAUCAUCUAGCGUCCAGCCUCACUUCCUGGAGUUCCUGCUGUCCUUAGGCUGGCCCGUGGACGUAGGCAGCCACCCGGGGUGGACGGGGCACCUCGAUACCAGCUGGUCCCUCAACUCGUGCUCCGAAAAUGAUCUCCAACAGACUGAGGAAACAUCUACUCCUGAGGAUACAGGAGGCUCAGUGUUCAACGGGGAGAAGAAAGUUUUGUACUACGCCGAUGCGCUGACUGAGAUCGCUUUUGUCGUGCCAUCUUUGACUGAACAUUCUGAGGAGUCAUCGGUGCACAGCGACUCUACACUGGAGGCCGACACCAACAUGGAUCUCAUGCCCAGUUUACUCAAACAGCCCAAUCUCACACUCGAGCUAUUCCCAAAUCAUUCGGAAAACCUGGAGUCUGCCAAAAAGAUGAGUCCUUUAGUGAAGACCAAAAGGUCUUCGAGUGGAAAGUCUUUUCCGCCACUGGGUCCUGAAACCAAAGUGUUUGUGGUGUGGGUGGAGCGCUUUGAUGAUAUUGAGAACUUCCCAUUGUCAGACCUUCUGGGGGAAACCAGUACAGGUUUGGAAGCAAGCAUGAGCAACAGCACGUCCUGCAGAUCGGGGUUACUGGAGAAGGAUGUUCCUCUGGUCUUCAUCCACCCGCUGAAGACCGGCCUCUUUCGGAUCCGACUCCAUGGAGCUGUGGGGAAAUUUGGCAUGGUGAUCCCCCUGGUGGACGGCAUGGUGGUCAGUCGCCGGGCGCUAGGCUUUCUGGUGCGUCAGACCGUCAUCAACGUGUGCCGACGGAAGCGUCUGGAGAGCGACUCGUACAACCCGCCUCACGUCAGGCGGAAGCAGAGGAUCACGGAGAUCGUGCAGCGUUACCGUAACAAACAGCUGGAGCCCGAAUUUUACACCUCCCUCUUCCGCGAGGUGGGGGAGGGAAAGCCUCACCUUUAACACGAAAACCUUCCACUCAUCCUGUCCUGUCCUAACACUGGCUCAUGAGCGCACACGACACACACACACACACACACACACACAAAACACACAA